AGGCGUAUGAUCUUCAAAGAGAGGCUAGAAAAACUCGGGUUGUUUUCUCUGGAGUGGCAAAGGCUGAGGGGAGACUUGGUAGAAGUCUAGAAGUUAUGAGAUGUCUAGAAGAGGGUUCACGGUUAGAAUCUUUUUCCCAAAAUUGAAAUGCUAAAACUUAGGGAGCAUACAUUUAAGGUGAAGGGGGAAAAGUACAACUGAAAGAGGAGUUGUGAAAACGCACUGAUAAAGUUAAUGAAAUGGAAGAAAUGAAGAUUAAACUCCAGAUCCGAGGAUGACAAGUCUCUGAAAUACUUUUAUCGACAUGCAUUUUACAAGACGCUAGAGAUGCUCUGCAUGUGGACAGCAACUGUUUUCCAGACUAAAAGUGGAGAUCAUAUCCAUUAAUGACAAAUGUGCAGUUUGGUACCGUAUCAGACUUCUUUCUCCAUUUUACUUGAUUUCCUAGAACAUUUUAAAUACAACUGUCUAAUCUUUUGGAGAUAAGAAUUUGCUUUUAUUUCCAAACAAUAGCAAAGCUAUUGAUUUUGCAGCCACAAUGAGCAGUACUCUAGGAAAAGAAAAAGAGUGCAAAGAAAAGGACCCUAAAGUUUCAUUGGGAAAGGACAGGGAGAGAGAUUCAAAAGCUUCUGGUGGCUUUGGGAAAGAUAGUAAAGAGAAAGAAUCCAAGACCAAAGGGAAAGAUGCCAAAGAGGGGAAAAAAGAUUCCAGUGGAGUACAACCAGGUGUGCAAUUCCAAGUGGACAAUACAAUAAAACGGCCAAAUCCAGCACCAGGAAGGAAAAAAUCAAGCAAUGCUGAAGUGGUUAAAGAGUUAAACAAGUGUCGUGAAGAGAAUGCAAUGCGUUUGGACUUGGCUAAAAGAUCUAUUCAUAUGCUUCCAACGUCAAUCAAGGAAUUGACCCAAUUAACUGAGCUUUAUUUGUAUAGUAACAAAUUACAGUGUUUGCCUGUAGAACUUGGUUGCCUUGUGAACUUGGUCACUCUGGCACUGAGUGAAAAUUCACUUACAAGUUUGCCUGACUCUCUUGAUAACUUGAAGAAAUUGCGAAUGCUUGAUCUACGGCAUAACAAACUUCGAGAAAUCCCUACAGUAGUAUACAAACUGAUUUCCCUCACCACGCUUUAUCUGCGGUUUAACCGUAUAACUACUGUGGAGAAAGACAUCAAAAAUCUGUCCAAACUUACUAUGCUGAGUAUCCGUGAGAACAAAAUUAAACAGCUCCCUGCUGAAAUAGGUGAGCUCUGUAACCUCAUAACACUGGACGUGGCUCACAAUCAGCUCGAACACCUUCCAAGGGAAAUUGGUAAUUGCACGCAAAUCACAAACCUUGACCUACAACAUAAUGAGCUUCUUGAUCUGCCUGAAAGUAUAGGAAAUUUGUCCAGUCUGAGUCGUUUGGGCCUGAGAUACAACAGGCUGUCGGCUGUACCUAAAUCAUUGGCGAAAUGUAGUGAACUGGAUGAACUUAAUCUAGAGAACAAUAAUAUCUCCUCAUUACCUGAGGGCCUUUUGUCAAGCCUUGCAAACUUGACCAGCUUAACAUUAGCAAGAAAUUGCUUCCAGUCGUAUCCAGUUGGUGGACCCUCUCAGUUUUCAACUAUCUACUCUCUCAACAUGGAACACAACCAUAUCAACAAAAUACCUUUUGGAAUAUUCUCCAGAGCUAAAGUGUUGAGUAAGCUGAACAUGAAGGACAAUCAGCUAACUUCACUUCCACUGGACUUUGGAACCUGGACAAGUAUGGUCGAACUGAACCUCGCCACCAACCAACUCACAAAGAUUCCAGAGGAUGUGUCAGGACUAGCUUCCCUAGAGGUUCUUAUCUUAUCAAAUAAUCUUCUUAGAAAACUGCCUCAUGGCAUUGGGCACUUAAGAAAGCUACGAGAGUUAGAUUUGGAAGAAAAUAAGCUUGAAUCUCUUCCAAAUGAAAUUGCUUAUCUUAGGGAUCUGCAGAAACUGGUUUUGACCAACAAUCAGUUGACGACCCUUCCUAGAGGAAUUGGUCACCUAACCAGUCUGACCCAUCUUGGCCUGGGAGAGAACUUACUUACUCACUUACCCGAAGAAAUUGGUACACUGGAAAAUCUGGAGGAGUUGUAUUUAAAUGAUAAUCCAAACUUACAUAGCCUUCCCUUUGAGUUGGCACUCUGCAGCAAAUUGUCCAUCAUGAGCAUCGAGAACUGCCCACUCAGCCAUCUGCCACCACAGAUUGUAGCUGGUGGUCCAUCCUUUAUCAUCCAGUUUCUGAAGAUGCAGGGCCCUUAUCGGGCCAUGGUUUGACUGAAUGGAAAUGUUGCAUACACUGUACACAAUAUAGACUGCAUUUUUGUCAUUAUAUAUAAAAGCAAUUUUACUCAGACUGCAGUAAGUGUUUCUGGUAAUAGAGGAAUCGUAGCCAUUUAGAAUUUUUUAAAAACCUUUAAAGAAUUACAGUGCUGGAUAGAGGUUUCCUCAGAAUUAAAUGGACGUAUGUUCAUGUGAGAAGUACGGUUUUUUGUCGGGGGGGGUGUGGUGUGGGAGUCUUGCAAAAUCACAAGCAUGUUUUUUUAAUAGUGUGCAUUUAAGAUACUGUUCUGCGUAUUUAAAACACAGUUUAGUAUUUUCUUUAUAAUACAAACUUUGUGCUUAAGCUGACAGGUGUCGGAUCUGGGGAAUCCCAAUUUGGAGAAGUAGGUGCCAGAUGCAGGUUUUGUUUUACCUGCAAGCUAUGGUGCAACUUUCUUUUCCAGGAUCGUGUUCAUCGUUGCAAAAGGCUGUAAAUUCUACAUGUCCAGCAUUUUCCUUAAUGUCCCAGUCUAAUUAAAUGAUUGACGAAAGUCAUUGUGAACCCUAAAAAAUGGAAGGAAAGUUUUAGGAGGGGUUGAGAAAAAAGGUUAAUGAAUAAUGGGAAGAAAAAAUAUAAGGAAAGCUAGACCAUAGAUUGAGAAUUUAAGAAACAUAACAGAACAGCUAAGGAAGGAAAGAAAACAAAACCAAAGAGAGAAAUACAAAAAAAAAGACAAACUGAGUCACAGAAUGGAAAGGUUGAAAGGUCUACUCCCUACUAAUGUGUGUUUAUAUUUGAAAGUAAUUGGUUUUGUAGGAGGAAAACCCUUUCCCGAAUAAUUUUGUUGUAUUCUUGAUUGUUUCCAUAAAUUUUAAUCACCAUGAUUUAGCACUUGAUUUAAACAAUAUUAUGAUACUGACAGGCAAUGUGCAUAUAGUAGGGAUACAUUGGUCACACAGUAACUGUUUUAUAGUUUACCUGUAUUAUGACCUCUUUAGUAUACACAGCAAUAUGAUUUCUAAAGGUUGUUAUCCAUUAUUCUAUCAUUUCCUUCCACUGAGGAUAGAAAUGCAAGCUUUGGAGAAAAACAGAUAAAAUGUCUUAGAUUUAGCUACCAUUUUCCUAAAUGAUUAAGAGAAAGGUUCAUAUUUAAUAUACAUGUAACACUUUUCCCUUAAAGUCUGAAUCAUUUUGGGCCCUGGAUGUAUGCAUGUGUGUCCUCACUCCCCAAAAACCAUCCUUUACUCAGUGCUUUUAUAGAUUGCAAGCACGUGUAGUGAUUGGUGCCAUGUCUUAAGUAAUCAAAAGCUUAGUAAUUUUACCUGUCCUUCAUGUUGCAUUUGCGCAUGAAACAAUGUACUGAGGGCUCAUUUUCCUCAUACUGUACAUUUUUUUGCUGCUGCAUGUCUUUUUCCAAAUACUUGUAUGCGUGGGCUAAUCGAGAGUGAGCUAUUUCCUUUCCCUCUCAGUUAAUGUGAAUACUAGUACAGAAAAUUAUGAAAAAUCAAGUCUCUACAGUUUUUCUAUAAAUAAUGAAAUGCACAUAGUAUUGAUAUAAGCCAACCUUUGUCCAGUAUUCACCUGAGGAAUGUUUCACAGUUGAAAGUGGCUAAUUCAUUCUCUGUAGGCGAUUACCAGUUGUCUUUUUAAGUUUGUGAAGAUACAUAAGUGUACGUUGUCAGCAAAAUUUUGAUACAGGAAGUACAAGAACGCACUCCUCCAUUUAAAAAUAUUGCUGAAUUUUCAGGGCAUAUACGUCACUUGUCACCGGGGGGGGAAAAAAUUCACUUCCCUUUCAAACGUUGGCAAAACUCUGAGGUUACACUGAAAUGAAACUAGUUGUAUUUUCUACAACAAUAAGACAAUGCUCAUUAAUAAUCAAGUUGUCAUUUGUCUAAAAUUUGCUUUUGCUUUAGACUAAUCCUGAUCUUUGUUAAUAAGUAGCCACUUGAAGCCUUGCACGAUGAUACUGUAAACCUAUUGUCCUGUUCAAUGCACUGCAAUUCCUUUCUAAGGAGCAGUACUUUCCUGCAAAAUUUAUAAGGCAGAAAUUGAUUCAGCAAACCAAGGGCUAUUUUAGGGGUAUCUGGCUCCGUAGCAACUGCUGAAUGAAUUAUAAUCAAGGUCAAAAUGUCAAAAGAGGUAAUUUCUGGAGAAGGAAUCCUGAGAGCAUUUGUAGAAAUUUAGAAUGUCUUUAUAUUAAUUCACUUUGUACCAUUAAAUUUUUACAUCCCCUUUCAGUUUGACAUUAGAAUAUAGGGUCAAUAACAAAGUUAACUCUAGUGAUGUAUCUUAAAAUAGCACCACAAUGAAACCUGUUUAUGUUGCAGUUACUUUUAGAGCAUUAUUCUUUAGAUUGACUGCUUAAGAUGCUGUCCCUGUAGGCUUUGUUCAUCGGUUGUUCCAGCUAAAACUUUUCUCCCCAACAUAUAGACUGCAUUGUACAAUUUUAAAAGAGUUUUUAUUGCAUAAUAUCAUUGAUUUUGUAUUUGGGAUGUAAACGUAAUUGACCGAGGCUGCUGUGCUUGGUGGUUCCAAGUUUUGCUUUUGAGUCUAAGUAUUCUACAAAUCAGAAAAUUUAGCAUGUGGGAAGGAUGAAAGUGUACAGCUUUUUGUAGUUAAAACAUGUCAAAAAACAAAAAAAAAUGCAUUGACUCUACACAAAGUACUUUUAACUGCAGUGAACAGUUUGAACUGAAAUUCAGUGUAAUUGUGGUUAUUCCAGUAUAUGAAUUGUAGGGUGCUAAUUGUAUUGUUUUAUGGAACACUAGAUGAUUGAGUGCAUCAUAAUUGUUUUUUUUUUGUUUUCUAAAGUCAGUAGCAGGUAUUGUAUGUGUUAAUGUCUCUUAAGUUUGACUUUUUUCUUAAUCAAUACCGUUUUGUCUAUCUUUGCUUGCUGUAGAGCAUGAUCUGCUUUUACACAUGGCUUAACAAGUAUGAAAACAUUCUUAGUACCUGAUGAGUCUUACUUCUGAACCAUAGUGAAGCCUAACAAAAACUUUGUGCUUCUGGUUUUAUUUAGAAACAAAACCAAAAUGGCCCAGAUUUUCAGUCAGACAGUAAAGUUUUAAAUCUGCAGUAUUCACUUUAUUGUUGAGUCCAUUGGUACUUUAAAGUAAGAAUGAAUAGUAUUCCCUUUUAACUUGGAUGGCAUAGUUGAACUUUUUAUAAAUAUAUUUUUGGGAUUUCAGUGAAAAGUUUUUAAAUUGUUAAACUGUAAUAACUCAUAUCAUUUAUGACCUCUUGACUGCUUGAAGGCCAAGUUGAGGAAUGUUAGUUUUUUUUUCAUGCUUGGUGCUAUUACCUGACAGGCACGAAAAAAAAAUAGAAUGUUGAAUGUUAAAAUAUGUAGUAUUCACUCAUUAGCUCAGUUGCUUUAUCAGAUUAGUUGCAGAAUUCAUAAAUUCUGAUUUUGGAUGUGACUGGUGGAAAGUAUUCAGUUUAGGGUGGUGUCCAAUAAAAUGAAAAGAGUUCGAUCUUUGCUGCUUUAGCAAUUGCUAAUCACUUUGUGUGGCUGUUGGCCUUGCUGUCUACUCCAGUUUUAAUUCUAUGGCCUGCGUGAAGCUGCAUUAGUUUAUCUAGAAAACAACUCUUUGAAGGCAAAGUCAAGCAGGGAAAGCAGCAUAGUCACAUAAUAUAAGACACAUCUUGAAUUUAAGUGCAAUUUCAGUUAAGGAUUUUAUAUGUGCAUAUCCCUAAAGACAAUAAGUAAUUUUUCAGUUUUUCUGCACCAGCCCUUGUAGAUUUUGGAGAAGGUAAUUUGGCUAACUAAACAGGAUAUGUCUAUAAAUGGCUCGGUUACUUUGCCUGACUCUUUUUUUGGCAGGCCCUUUACCAGAUAGCACAAAAUAUUUUUGUUUGGUGAUAUAAUCAGACUGUUAGAUUCUCACACCAAAAUUAAGAAUGUAAAAACUGGUAAACAAACCUUUUUAAAGCAAUUGUCAAUUAUGUUAUGUCUAUAUAAAAAGAAAUGCCUUUUUGUUUUUAUAAGGAUCUUUCAGUCAUUCAUUAUAAAUAGCAAAUUUGUAAAUGAGCUUUUGUUGAGUCCAUUGCAAUGGUUGCAUGUAUUUUUUUUAAGAGGCUUAAGUGUACAAUUGUCUUUAAUCCUUGGGUGUGGGAAAGGGAGUGAUUUUUGGCUGCUGUUUUGGAAGGAACAUUCACUUCCAUUGUAACAUUUAAAGUAAGACCAUUGAUAUUUCUGUUCAGGUAAGGAUAUUAAGACAAAUAUCACAGGUGAUAAUUGUAUAUCUGAUUUGCUAUUUCAUUUUGCACACAAGCAAUUGACAUUUAAAUGUGUUGCCAAUGUUCCUGGUGUAAACAAUAUUAAAAUAUUUACUGAAA